AUGUCUAAGGAAAGUCAUACAUUUGGAGUUGAUAUGGAUCAAGUGCUGAACAUGAUGAUCAAGAGUGUAUAUUCGUCUGAUGAGAUGUUUCUGAGAGAGCUGGUGUCGAAUGCAAGUGAUGCGUGUGACAAGCUGCGAACGCUGCAUAUGCAACUGAGUGACGAGGGGUAUGUGGUUGACCCGGUGGCGUCGCUGCACAUUGAGAUUAUUCCUGACAAGGAGGCGAAGACGCUGACGAUCAGGGACAAUGGGAUAGGAAUGACGCGGGAGGACCUGAACAACUACCUGGGAGUGAUUGCGAAGAGCGGAACGAAGGGGUUCAAGGAGGCACUGAAGGCGCGGCAAGAGGGAGCAAAUGCUCACCUGAUUGGGCAGUUUGGAAUAGGGUUUUACUCGGCAUAUCUUGUGUCGUCGAAGGUUGAGGUAGUGACGAGGCAUCCGAAGGGAGAGGCGCUGCGAUGGACGUCGACAGGGAAGGAUGGAUACACGAUAGAGGAGUAUGAUGGAGAGGGAUUUGCACAUGGGACGUCGCUGAUACUGCACAUCAAGGACAAGAGUGUGGAGUUCCUUGAGUCGAAGAGGAUUAUUGAGACGGUGAAGAAGUACAGCUCGUUCAAUCUGUAUCCUAUAUACACGCAUGUUGAGAAGGAGGUUGAUGUUGAGGAAGAGAAAGAAGAGGAUAAGGUUGAGGAGAUACAGACGGAGGAGAGCAGUGAGCCGAAGGUAGAAGAGGUGAAGGAAGAUGUGAAGGAGAAGGCAAAGCGGAUUGAGAUGGUGAAGGAGAAGAUCAAUGUUGAGAAGCCUCUGUGGGAGAGGAACAUCAAGGAGGUUCCUGAGGAUGAGAUGAAGAGCUUCUAUAAGACGAUUUCGGGCGAUUGGGACGACUUUCUUGCGAUGGACUUCUGGCAGAUUGAGGGGAUAGUGUCUGUGAAGAUGCUGAUGUUUAUUCCGAAGAGGGCAAGGUUUGACAUGUUCAACAGGACCAAGAAGAACAACAGCAUCAAGAUGUACUGCAACAAUGUGUUUGUGACUGACGACCUAGGGGAUGCUAUUCCUGAAUGGAUGGGGUUUGUAAGCGGAGCAAUAAUUUCGGAUGACCUUCCGAUGAACAUCAGUAGGGAGCUGAUACAGGGAACGAGUGUGAUGAAGAUGGUGAGGAAGACGCUUCCGCAGAAGAUCCUUGAGAUGAUUGGGAAGCUGGCUAAUGAUGGGGAGAAGUACAAGACAUUCUACAAGGAGUUUGGGAACAGCUUGAAGAUGGCGGUUGGGGAAGCGAACGACUCGCAAAGGGAUGAGUAUGCAAAGUGCCUGAGGUACUACACGACGAAGAGCGGGGACGAGAUGGUGACGCUUGACAAGUAUGUUGAGGGGAUGCAUGCGAACCAGAAGCAGAUAUAUGUGCUGACUGGGAUAGGAAAGGACCAGGUGAAGUCGAAUCCGGUGCUCGGGUCGUUUGAGAAGUACGAGGUGGUGUACAUGUACGAUGUGAUGGAUGAGGUGAUGCUGCGUGGAUUUAAGAAGUAUAAAGGGCAUGUGGUGCAGAGGAUCACAAGCGAGGGUGUUGAGCUGCCUGAGGAGGACAAUGUGCCUGAGGAAGUAGUUAAGUCGCACGAAGAGUUCUGCAAGAAGGUGAAGGAUGUGCUGUCUGAUAGGGUUGAGAAGGUGUCUGUGAACACAAGGCUUGGAGCAGGGGUGCCUGUAGUUAUUUCGACGACGAAAUACUCGCUGUCGGGAGCGAUGGAGAACAUAAUGAGGUCGCAGCCUGUUACGGAGGCGAAUCCACUUGCAGCAAUGACGGCGGUGAGCAAGAAGAUAUUUGAGAUGAAUCCGAACCACGGGCUGAUCAAGAAGAUGAAGAGGCAGUUUGAGAGCAACGAUGUUGAGUCGAUGAGCAAGCUGCUGGAAGUUUUGUUUGACACUGCGCUUAUACAUAAUGGGUUUAUGCUGUCGAACUCUAACGAGUUCUGCCUGAAGGUUUUUGACUUUCUUAAUGGAGAGAGCGAGCAUGGGAGGCCAGACGAUGCUGAGGUAGUAUAA